AUGGGGGAUGCUCCUCAUCUGACUCCCCGCCAAAUAUGGGCUAAUCCCACGACGACGACCACCAAGUCAUAUUCCCCAGGCUGUACUCCGUUUCUGCUUCCCAGUGAUGGCUACGUCUACCUCAAUCGCUCCUUUGCUAUCACCCUCACGGAAAAUGCCGUCUUUGAACCCGUGUGUACGAGUCAGCCUACCGAUACCAGACAACCAUCCCCUGUUCUUGAUACCCGCGAUCCCUUCUACUCCUCUGUGACGCCACAGCUAUACGCCAUCGGUUGCGCGACCGUUGUCAGCUAUCUCCUCGUCAUCAUUCUUCUCAUUACGCCGCGCACGUUCUAUGUCGGGGGCCCUGGAGGCGGCGCUAACUUUCUCGGUCGCCAUGGUAUGAUCAGCGGAUCAUACAGCGGCAAUUCCUCGGUGGUGGGCGUUGGUGGAAGACCGUGGCUGCAAAAGGUAGCUGCUAUUUUGGUCGCAGUAUCUUUGACUAUAGCAUCUGCGGAUUCGUUUCGGGUUGCCGAGCAGCAGUACAUAUACGGCUAUUCCGAUGCCGAGGCGCUCACAGAAGAAGUCAUCGAUGGCACGGAAAUCCGCGUGGUCAGAGUCAUAUCGAGCACGUUCCUCUGGCUUGCGCAGGUGCAGACGCUGAUUCGGCUGUUCCCGCGACAUAAGGAGAAAAUAAUGAUCAAAUGGGCUGGGUUCGCGUUGAUAGUGCUGGACACCAUUUUCAGCAUUCUGGAUAAGUUCUUGGUCAAAACUAACACGACGCGCCCGCGACUUUACGAUGAUGCGAUUCCUGCGCUCAGCUAUCUGUUCGAACUCGCGCUCAAUCUUUUAUACGCUGCAUGGGUUAUCUUCUACUCGUUAUCUAAACACCGAUAUGCCUUUUUCCACCCGAAAAUGAGGAACAUCUGCUUGGUAGCGUUGCUGUCCUUGUGUGCCGUCCUCAUACCUGUUAUUUUCUUCGUCCUCGACAUCGCCAAAGAAGAGAUUGCCGGUUGGGGUACCUACAUUCGUUGGGUUGGAUCCGCCGCUGCAAGUGUUGUGGUCUGGGAAUGGGUGGAACGAAUAGAGGCUCUCGAGCGAGAUGAAAGGAAGGAUGGUAUCCUCGGCAGAGAAUUGUUCGAUGGAGACGAAAUGUUAGAGGUCACCCCAUCUGAAGAGGUUGACUGGCCACGGCAACCCUUCGGAGGGGGCGAUAGAGGUGGAGGAACUGGCACGUCUUCAGGUUGGGGAGGCGUUAUGAGUCUGGCACAUCGACCUUUGCGUACCCGUGUCGGCCUGCCUCGUAGUAACCGCAAGCCAGGCAACCAACGCAAUGGAAUCGCCGCCAACUCGCGAAAUCGAAGAGCAGCCCGGCCAACCCCGCCCCCAGCGGCGGCCACACCGGUCAGCCGGGCCGAUACCACGAGCGCAGCCAGCACUGUUUAUAACGUUCAUUACCAUCCAGUGUCUAGCCCGACCCCACCUGUUGCCAUGCCUCACAUGGAAGAAGAGGAUGAGAUGGAUGAAGCCGAGGUGAAGGAGAUGACAUCAACCAUACAAGAGGGACGGUCCGACAUAGCCCACCAAGGUCUCUCGGAACAGCAGACCCGAGAAGAAUCGCCGCAGAUCAUCACUACGGAUCAUCGAUGGCGAGAUGUUCUGAAUCCUUUUAAAAAGAGGCGUUCGUCUUUGCCCAGGGAGGUUGCAUCAGCUCAAGCAGAUGAGGAUCCUUCAAUGACACAGGAAGACCUGUAUGGCGACGACGGUGACGAGACCCAUGCUACUAUUUCCAGAGUUGGAAAUGCAUUCUCCUUUAAUUCAAUGGCGAGACCUGGAUCUGACCGACGCGGCUUGGACUCUUCUUUGCCUGUCACAGUCAUUCCAGCGAGACGACGGGGUCAGCACACCUGGUCCCCGCAGUGGCUGAACGAUUCCAACAUUCUCGAGCCGACGUCAAAUCGCCGUUCGCGGCUUGAUCGUCCGGAUUUGCCAGUGAAGGUGAUCCAGCCGCAAGCGCGAACUGCCGCACCGUGGACGGAGCCCGAGAGAGACACGAUCCUGGGUAGGAAUUACGAGCUGCGCUAUGAUCCUGAAACUGCGGCGCUUGUUGGGUUUGACAAUGAUCUCAACCAGCACCCAGCUGAACAUCAGAGCACAAGCCACGGCGCUGGAAAUAUAACUACAGACGAGAUGACCGGCGGGCUCGAGCGAUUGGAUUCCCCUACCAGCCAGCAUAGGCGCUUUACGCCAUCGAAUGACCCGUUGCCACUAUCGCCGCUAGAGCAGGAGCAGCAUCCCCAGCCUCGCCAGACACCUAGGGGUGAUCCUCCAACGGAAGACCACCUACGGACGCCGUCAUGA